GAAAACAUCAAGAUGGCGUUUUGCCUCUGUAACCAAACAGGAAGGACGGCUCGUUCCCUUAUUCCGGAUUAGGGUUAAACUCUUCACCUGUCACCAUUCUCUGUUUCUUAGGCGCCAAACUCUUGCAAGCAAAAUCCACCCAACUAACAAUAACAGUGUUGCCAUCUUCUGUUUGCAACCUAUCAGAGAAGGAAUGAGCAGCCAAAUCCCAACAAGCAAUGAUCGUUCAAGGACAUAUUGGACACCAACAAUGGAGCGCUAUUUCAUUGACCUUAUGUUAGAACAGAUGCAUAGAGGGAACAGGAUUGGCCAUACCUUCAACAAGCAGGCAUGGACAGACAUGCUUAUAGUGUUCAAUGCAAAAUUUGGAUCUCAGUAUGACAAAGACGUCUUAAAAAGUCGUUAUACAAAUUUAUGGAAGCAAUUCAAUGAUGUAAAGAAUCUUCUUGGUCAAAGUGGGUUUUCUUGGGAUGAAACUCGAGAGAUGGUAGUAGCUGAUGAUUAUGUCUGGAAUGCUUACCUAAAGGUUCAUCCAGAUGCUCGUUCCUACAGGACUAAAGCAGUGUUGAAUUUUAAUGAUUUGUGCUUCAUAUAUGGGUACACCAUUGCAGAUGGAAGAUACAGCAGAUCGAGUCAUGAUUUAGACAUUGAUGAUGAAAUCCAAGCUGCAAACAUUGGUGAUACAAUAGGAAACUUUGCCCCAUCAAAUAAUGAACACCCAAGGACAGAGUGGACUGCAGCUAUGGACCAGUAUUUCAUUGAGCUUAUGCUGGACCAAAUAGUAAAAGGCAAUAAAGCUGGUAGUACAUUUAAUAAACAAGCUUGGACUGAUAUGCUUGCCUCCUUCAAUGCAAAGUUUGGUCCUCAACAUGGCAAAAGAGUUUUAAGACAUCGAUACAAGAAAUUGUUGAAGUAUUAUGGUGAAAUGAAGGUUCUACUUAAGCAAAAUGGUUUUACCUGGGAUGAAACUCAACAAAUGAUUGUAGCUGAUAAUGAUGUUUGGGAUACUUAUAUUAAGGCACAUCCACAAGCACGAGCAUAUAGAAUGAAGACCUUGCCAAAUUGCAAUGAUUUGGCCCUUAUAUUUGGUGAUGCAACUGAAGAUGGAGUUGACACUAAUUUACAUCAAGAAAAAGAGCAUGAAGUGGAAAAUUCUCAAAUAAAAACUGGUAAGGGAAGCCAAGCUCCUGCCAGUAAUGAUCGUACAAGAACAUAUUGGACACCACCAAUGGAUCGUUAUCUUAUUGACUUGUUAUUGGACCAGGUGCAUAGAGGAAAUAAACUUGGACAGACAUUCAUAAGCCAGGCUUGGAUUGACAUGGUUGCAUCAUUUAAUGUCAAAUUCCAAUCUCACCAUGACAAAGAUGUUUUGAAAAACCGGUACAAGCAUUUGAGGAGGAUGUAUAAUGACAUAAAAAAUUUGCUUGAAAAUAGUGGGUUUUCAUGGGAUGAAACGCGAGAAAUGAUAACAGCUGAAGAUCAUGUUUGGGAUGCCUAUACCAACGCGCACCCUGAUGCUCGAUCAUACAGAGUUAAAACUGUGCCAAGCUACCAGAAAUUGUGUGUUAUAUUUGGACAAGAAAGUUCUGAUGGAAGAUAUAGCCGUUUAGCUCGAAUUGUGGACCCUAAUGGUGAAACACCUGGUUUAGUGAUUGGUUAUUCUGGCGUGGAUCCUUUGACAAUUGAUUGGCAACCAGGAAUGGAUCGAUAUUUUAUUGAGCUUAUGUUAGAGCAGGUGCAUGGAGGGAAUAAGAUUGAUCUCACAUUCAAUGAACAAGCAUGGACUCACAUGGUUGAAUCAUUUAAUGAAAAAUUUGGACUUGUAUGUGACAAAUACAUUUUAGAAAGUCGGUACAUAACUUUGAUGAAAGAGAGUGACAACAUUAGCAGUCUUCUUAAAUGUAGUGGUUUUUCAUGGGACGUAACUCAGCAAAUGGUAGUUGCUGAUGAUGCUGUCUGGGAAUCUUAUAUUCAGGUACAGCCAGAUGCCAUUGCAUACAGGAAUAAAGUCUCAGAGAGUUAUAUUGAUCUAUGCCAAAUUCAAAGAAACGAGGUGUCAAAUAUUGGAGAUCAGUGUCUACAGGUGCAAACUGAAAAUGAGACUGAAGAAGUUAGGGUGGAUGUACUACUUGGAGAUUUACAGUUUCCGGUGGAGGAUAUUCAAAUAUCUGAUCAACAGCGAAAGAGACCCAAUACACCAUCAGACUACGAACAUUCUAGCAAGGUACAGAAAAUUGGCAAAGAGGACACAACCUUGUCUGGGACAGCAGAAGCAGUAACAACACCAGUGAAUAAGAAAAAGGGCAAGAACAGUGGAACAAUAGAAAAUGCAAUUGAUGCACUUCAAGCUAUAGCAGACAUAGAUGAAGAACUUUUGUUGGAUGCUUGUGAUCUUCUUGAAGAUGACAAAAAGGCAAAGACAUUUUUGGCACUGGACGUUACGCUGCGAAAGAAGUGGUUACUAAGAAAACUUCGUCCAUAGGAGUCAUUCAUAUUAUUUCACUCCUGUGGGUUUACAACUCAUCUUCUUUCCAAUUUUAAAAAUGUAAAUCUAGAUUAGAUUUUGUUUGAGCAGGUUUAGCUGAAAAGCCAUUCAUGAUCAUAAGCAAGGCCUUCUGCAACUUUUGUAGCACUUCGUACUGACAUCCCCUGUGAAUAGAAUGAAAGAUUUUUCAGCAUGUUAUUAUAAAUUUUCCUUUUUAGGAUUCCUGA